AUGGGCUUUUUUGGCAAGGAGCAUGCGCAUGGCAGCAAUAUAACUGGACAUGGAAAUGACGCGCAAAAUCAUGCUGCAAAAAAUGACGCCAUUCCAGACAUGGAUCUCUUAGAUCCCGAAAAGCAACCAGCUGAUAAUACGAAUAACGAUUCACAUACUGCGCUGCCCCAGGUGCAUUCCCCACGUAUAAGUAUUGACCCUGUGCUUGAGGCUCGUGUGGUACGCAAACUGGAUUUGCGGGUACCGACUCUUCUUGGCUUUUUGUACCUGCUCGCGCUCCUGGACAGGAGCAACAUCGGAAAUGCGCGAAUCGCAGGGAUGGAAGAGGACAUGUCCCUUCAUGGGAACAAAUAUCCAUGGCUUCUGACGAUAUUCUACAUAUCGUACACCCUGUUUGAGCCUCUUGCAUUAAUGUGGAAAAUCAUGCCUCCGCAUAGAUGGGCAGCCAUUACUGCCAUGACUUGGGGUAUUGCGGCAACAUGCCAGGCCGCUGCUCAGAACUGGUCUGGGUUGAUGGCUUUGCGCUUUAUCCUAGGCGCAGCAGAGGCAGGUUUUGGUCCGGGUUCUCCCUACCUGCUGUCUUUCUUCUACGGCCGGCGAGAGCUUGGCUUGCGCUGCGGAUUGUUCGUCUCCGCUGCGCCUUUGGCCAAUACGUUUGCCGGUGCGCUUGCAUACGGUAUCACGUCAGGACAUGCCCUACUAGCAAACUGGAGGCUAUUAUUCCUAGUUGAGGGAGCUCCAUCACUGGCGGCGGCAUUUCUUGCCUGGUACUUUUUGCCGGACCAUCCCUCUUCAGCCUGGUUUCUGACAGAGGAGGAGAAAGACGUUGCGCGAGCCCGGUCGCUUCGACGUAGCGGUGAAGGUGAGCGUGUUGGAGGCGUGGAUCUGAAAGAGAUUUUUCAGACUUUAUUCGAUGUGAAACCGUGGAUUACGGCGUUGAUGUACUUCAGUUGCAACGUGAGCUUUUCCUCGCUGCCGGUAUUCCUCCCGACAAUUCUAGAAGACAUGGGUUUUGAGUCGAUCAAUGCCCAAGGCUUGACUGCGCCGCCAUUCUUCGUCUCGUUUAUCUUCAGUAUCUUGACUACUUGGCUUGCUGAUCGAUUUCAACAACGCGGCCUGACGAUUGUCUUCUUUUCAUUGGUGGGAGCAGUGGGCUACGUUCUUCUUGCAGCUUGCACAUCCGUCGCAGUGCGCUAUUUCGGCGUAUUCCUGGCAGCUGCUGGGGUAUUCCCAUGCAUUGCAAACAUUCUUCCAUGGGUUCUGAAUAACCAAGGUUCUGAUAGCCGUCGCGGGAUGGGUAUCGUCAUUCUCAAUAUAAUCGGACAAUGCGGCCCUUUCCUAGGAACAAAUGUCUUUCCCAGCAGUGAUGGCCCUCGCUAUAUUCGUGGGCAGUCCAUUUGCGCGGCAUUUAUGUUCUUCAACGCCAUUCUUGCUCUCAGUCUGCGAUUCCUCCUCGCGUGGGAGAACAAACGCUUAGAAAAGAAAUACGGACCUCAAAGCCAGGCUACGAAUGCGCAGAAAGGACAGGUUAUUGGGGAGGAAAAUUACGGUUCUAGUUUCAGAUAUGUGCUGUAG